UGUCAUGGAAGCGGCCAUAUUGCAUGGGUAACUCCUGUGCCGAGCAAAAUUGACAUAAAUCUUGUUUACUAGUCGUUCAUGUGCUGAGUUCGAGCAAUACCUGCUCGUUUUUCUUCGUGAUGGAGGAAACGAAGAUAAUUUACCACAUCGACGAUGAAGAGACGCCGUAUUUGGUCAAGCUGCCCAUCCCGCCUGAGCGGGUCACUCUGGCCGACUUCAAGAACAUCCUCAAUCGGCCCAACUUCAAGUUCUUCUUCAAGUCGAUGGACGAUGACUUCGGGGUCGUGAAAGAAGAAAUUGUGGACGAUGACUCUCACUUGCCUUGUUUCAAUGGCCGGGUUGUCUCAUGGUUGGUUUCUGCAGAAGGCAGCAGUGUGUCCGAUCGUUCAGACGGUGCGUCUCAGUGCACAGAUAGUGCCGCAAACUCGGAACCAAAGCAGGAGCGCCAGCCCAUUGGCAUUGUUGUUGACACACAGACUUCAAAUUUCAGGAUGGCUCACAUGACACACGCCGCGACUCGCACAAUGGAGGACUCGACAUGUACAGAAACUGAAUCAAUUAUCAGCUCUCGGCCAGGGGGCGCCCGGCCUGUUCGUCAUCAUGUGGAAAAAUACGAUAAAUACAUUCGAUACAAUGGUUUGCAAGGAGCACGCCCAAACGGUCAAACAGGCAGACAGCAGCGCUCAGGCCAUGGUUACGAAUCCUCGUCCAUGAUAAGCUCAGAACUUGAGACCACAAGCUGCCUUGACUCUGAGGAUGACGCCACCUCUCACAUAACUACCACCACAGAGCACAGCAGUGUGUCCCGGGCGCAUUUAAGGCGUCGUCAACGUCGGAGGCGGCACAGAAUGCCUCCUAUGUCGAGGACGUCCUCUUUUUCAAGCAUCACAGAUUCGACCAUGUCGCUAAACAUCAUCACAGUGUCGCUCAGCAUGGACGCAGUUAAUUUCCUCGGCAUCAGCAUAGUUGGCCAAAGCAACAAGGGAGGUGAUGGUGGAAUUUAUGUUGGCUCUAUCAUGAAAGGGGGUGCGGUAGCUCUGGAUGGACGCAUUGAGCCUGGUGACAUGAUUCUGCAAGUCAAUGACAUCAACUUUGAAAACAUGAGCAAUGACGAAGCUGUCCGAGUUCUCAGGGAAGUUGUGCAAAAACCAGGCCCAAUUAAGCUGGUAGUGGCAAAGUGUUGGGAGCCAAAUCCCAAAGGCUAUUUUACAAUACCACGGACAGAACCAGUUAGGCCAAUUGACCCUGGGGCAUGGGUUGCACACACAGCAGCUAUUAGAGGAGACUUUCCGUUAAGACCACCUUCAGUCAGCACCCUCACAUCUACCAGUUCUUCGAUUACAUCUAGUAUGCCAGACUGCGAACAAAGAACCAUUGAAGAAAUGCACUUGACUGUUAGAACGGAAAUGCCAGUGAUUGUACGAGCUAUGGCACGGCCAGAUUCAGGUUUAGAGGUUCGAGACCGGCUUUGGCUGAAAAUCACAAUUCCCAAUGCAUUUAUUGGCGCCGAUGUGGUUGACUGGUUAAACACACACAUCGACGGCUUCAGUGACCGUCGGGAUGCACGGAAGUACGCAUCCCAAAUGCUCAAGGCAGGCUACAUUCGGCACACAGUUAAUAAGAUCACCUUUUCUGAGCAGUGCUACUACGUCUUUGGUGACUUAUGCAGCUCUAUGUCUACGCUGAAGUUACACGAGGACGAGUCGGUGUCUGUCGGCCCUUUGCCGCCACCAAGCGCAACCUCUACAGUGCCAUGGGGUGGUGUGGGAGGGCACAUGCCUUACGCAGGCACCUUUUUGCCGCACCCAGCGUCAGGUUAUGCGCCCAUGCCCUUUAAUUAUACAAACGAGCCAAGUGUGUACGGCUUCGAAGAGGAGCAUCCUGCAAAAUCCACUUCCGGAGGAAGCAGUGGAUCAGAUGGCGCCGCGAGCUUAGUAGGAUCCGCCAUACGAGCUCCGGCAUCAGGAAUGCCGCCGAAUCUUCCACCUUUACCCUCAUCUUCUCCGCACCAACAAGGUGCAGCAAGCGAGUCUGGCUCUCGAAGGUCUCGUUCAAGUGGCUCUGAACAGAGCGGCUCAACGGCAGCAGCUGGAGCAGCAAGUGGGGCUGGAAGUGCAGGCAGCGGAGGGUGCAGUGGAAGUGGUCGGCAGCUUCAGCACGUCCCUGAGGAAGUCUCUGGCAGCCGCCAGUCGUUUCGAAUGGCCAUGGGAAAUCCUUCUUCACCAAUCCGUAGCACGACGACCCUGACCACACACUCCAUUAACAAAAAUGAGAUGGUGCACCACAAAUCAUCCCCUAUGCACACCUACGAGAGCAUUGAUCUUCUCGAGUAUAGUUUUGCCAACAACAACAACUAAGUAAGAAGUCUUCUCUUCCAAACUUGGACGAAUUUUAAGUGAGUUUUAAAUUCUCCAAAGACAAUUAUUUACGUAAUUAACUACUUAUGUAUACUUUGAUGUUCUUGUAUCCACCAAAAGACUUUAAAGCAGUGGAAAGCGGUUUCUCAUUAUUUCUUUGCAUUUCGUGAAAAUAAUGUAGACUUAAGAAUUUUUCAUCUCGACAGUUGCUCAAAGGGCAAACUUCGAAAAACAUCAAUCAAUGCAAAAAAAAAAAUUCUGUACUGCUGACAAAAUACAGGAACGAGCAAAAUAUUUUAUUGUGCAAUAAUUCAGUGAGCAUUUAAAUUUUAAAGUGUCAUUCCAGUAUGAUGUCAUUGAUUGUAAAUUUCUCCGAAAUUGGGGUAAAUGUGUUUCCUACCUCGUUAUGAGUUAAAACUUGAUUUCAUCAAGUCCCUUUUGCUUAUUCUGCUAUAUAAAUAUUUCCCAUUUAAACAAACAACAGGGUAAUGCUAUGUAAAGAGAAAAUUGCUCGAUCUUGAUGUGCGAAAUUAAAUCGCCACAAUAAUUAAGCCAUUGCUGGUGCCAUUUCAGGGAAAUCGCGUCUCAUUGUUAGAAAUAAAUCUUUAUAAUUCAUGUGAUUUUGACGAGAUAAAUGAUUUUUCUAAACUAAAUCGUGGAAAUUUGGGAAAGUUUUCACAUCAUAGUCAAGGCGCAGUAGAUAAGAAACGGACACAAUUGAAAAUCUGUCUAUGUAAAAUUAUUGAACGACUUAUAUAUUAUUCCAAUCAUUUUUUAUUAUUCAAAAUCAAUCAUUUAUAUUGAUGAAUACUUGAUGAUUUACUAAUUCAAAGGAUUGACUCAAUAAAAAUGUAAAAA